CGUGUGCGCGUGCCAAACGCCAGCCCAGCCGUACGCAUCACAGCCACAAACGCGCGCGCAUUGGCUACUGAAGAGAGAGAGAGAGGGAGAGAGAGAGAGAGAGAGAGGCAACCGUCUCCCGUUUUGUUGCACGAGGAGUGGAGUCGCGAGGAGCCUCCGAUGACAGACAGACAGCGGAGCGGCUGCCUCACCGACUGCGACACCUGAACAAUUACCAAACAGCUACCGACCCCAAACAAACGAAGGAGAGCCGGCUGUAGGUGAGGAGGUGGAGGGACGGAGGCUUUCCUAAAAAAAUAAAGAAGAAGAAGAAGAAGAGGAGGAGGAGGAGGAAGAGGAGAGGGAAGCGGGGGCAGGCAGCAGGCUGGCCGGGAUACGGAGCCCGUCCGGGGGGAGAAAUCACCGCCACGACCGUCACAUCACAUCACAGCUCCGAGAUGACAAAGUCCCAGUGAAGCGGAGAGAGAUGUCGCAGAAGAAGAUAUUCCUGGUCUUUGUCGCCAUCAGUACUGUCAGUCUUCUGCUGCACCAUGGGGGCCACUUGAACUGGACCAUGGAGGCUUUCCACCUUGGCUGUCCUGCCCUCCGUUCCCACCCCGCCCCAGGCUUGAAACCUAAACACACCAAUGUGGCAUUCCUCAAGACCCACAAAACGGCCAGCAGCACCAUGCAGAACCUGCUCUUCCGCUUCGCAGAACGCAACAACCUGACGGUGGCGUUGCCUGUGCAGGCCUGCAGCCACCAGUUCUGCUACCCGCGCUCCUUCACCUCUCACUUUGUCCAUCCGCACACCCUGCCGCCAAACAUCAUCACCAGCCACAUGCGUUUCAACAAGGCGGAGCUGCAGCGCCUGAUGCCGAACGACACGAUAUAUGUCACGAUACUGAGAGAGCCCGGCUCCAUGUUCGAAUCCUUGUUCAGUUACUACAACCAAUAUUGUCAGAGCUUCAAGAGGGUCCCCAAUGGCUCCCUGGAGGCUUUCUUAGAGGAGCCCUGGCGCUACUACCGGCCAGAUGAAAAGGACUCCAUGUUCGCACGAAACACCUUGACCUUCGACUUGGGUGGAGACAAGGAUCGCCCAGCAACAGAUGUGGUGUAUGCACGGGCCUUUGUGGCAGAGGUGGAGCGAGUUUUCUCCUUGGUAAUGAUUGCUGAGUACUUUGAUGAGUCGCUGGUUCUUCUUCGCCAUCUCCUCUCCUGGGAUCUGGAUGACAUUUUGUACGUUAAGCUCAACAUGCGAACCCCGAGUUCAAAGCGGAGCCUGACACCGGGCCUUCCUGCCAAGAUCCGUGCCUGGAACUCCUUAGAUGCACGUCUCUAUGACCACUUCAAUGCCUCACUGUGGCGCCAGCUGUCCGCUCUGGGUCCAGCUUGCGUGGCGAGGGAGGUGCGACUCCUUCGUCGAGCCCAGGAGAGGCUGAUGAGAAGCUGCUUCGGCGGGCGGAUGCCGCUUCUCCGGUCAGCGGCACAGAUCAAAAACAAGGAUCUCAGACCCUGGCAGCCAAGUGGAAAAGUCGACAUUGUGGGCUACGACCUACCGGUAAAUCUCAGCCGUGGGUUCUCGAGCCAGGCUCAGGAGCUCUGCCUCAAACUCAUCAUGCCAGAAGUCCAGUACACAAGGGUUCUACUACGUUCCCAAUCACUGCGCUACCGUCGAGGCUACCAGCUCCGGCCUCCGCAGCAGUCACAUCCCCUCCAGCAGCCCAUACGCUCAGUCCUGCCUCGGCAUCCUCAAGUGCACCGUGGUCAACCGCCUCCUGCAGCCCCAGGCCCUGCCUCAGGAACAGGGUCCACCUCCACCUCAAAGCCUGCUGCAGAAACUCAAGGUCGCACCACAAAGUUAAGGCCUAAAUCCUCACAGACCCAGGCCUCGUAGACUGGAAAAUAGAGACUUGAAUAUAAUAUCAGUGCCCAACAGACUGCAUUGUUCUACCCAUCCUGACCCACAAGACAAUGACUAGCUGGUGGUGGUGGUGGUGGUGGUGGUGGUGGGGGGUUGGAAACAAGGGCGUCCUUGGGAAAAAGUCUGGGUUGUUCUUGAAUCAAUGUCUCUCCUGUCCCUUCCAGACAGAGUUUGGGAUAAAAAUAAAUUAGGAAAAAGGAGGGAAAGGGGGUUAGACAUAUCUGGACUUGAACUUGAAUCUCUCCCCUCUCUGGUCUGUGAAACAGUAUCAGGGUUGGCAGACACAAGGACGGGAGAAAUCCACACUGGAACCCGGCUCAGUUGCACACCUCUGCACGCCCAACCAAGGCGGAUGGGAGAGGGUUUUAGGUGAAAGUGGUUCUUUGAAGCAAAUCUGUUAUGUGCAACCAGGACUCAAUAGAGAACUGGCGAUAUCAGGCCUAUUGUGAGGCACAGAGUGGGCUUUGUGUGUAUCACACUGGUAUAGUAUCAUGUUACUUGCUUUCAUUCUGUGUUUCUCGAACUCCCUUUCGCUCUCUCUCCCCAACAUAUGCCACUUAAAGUCCUUGAGAGAGACAUGAUGACAUAAAGGGAUCAGCUGUCAGGUCUCCAAAGAGCCUCCCUAAGAGGCCAGACAGACAUUGAGAUCACCUCCAACCAUUAUUACAACAGCACAAUAAACAACUCUUCUCCUCUUCUUCUCUUACAAACUCUAGACUCUAAAACAACAGAGGGAGGGGGGUUAAAAAGCCUGAUAGACGGAGAAAGAGAGAGACCUAAACCAGAGGGUAAGCCUAAAAACUCCUUGAUAAUCAAUUUGGCCGUCCAUUACCACUAUGAUUCACAAAGAGACUGAACACACGCAUAGAGCCUGCGUCUCUUCAGCCUUCAGCCAGCCUCCCUGGCUUCCCUUCUGCAUCCUUCUCUCCAUCCUCCCAUCCCUGCCGCUACCCUCUGGUCAGGCUCUCCAAAGUCCAAAGAGCAGCCAUGACACCUUGCUUUCUUCACCCCGGUUCACCCCUGAUUGCGGGUCUCCCUCGGACCACAAGCUGAGAUCACAUCUUGCGUUGUAGAGACUUUACGCUGAAGGCAAGGUUUCUGGAUGUGUGGUUUUUAUUCUUAAUCUUGGGUGUGUUAUUGCAAUAAGAUCUCCAGGCCUACGCUCUACAUGAAAGGCAUGGAUUUAAUAACCUACCAGCAACCCCUCCAAACCGCACACACCGGCACAAACAAAACCAUAAAACAACUUGACAGGACAAAGACUUGAAGUCAGUGGGUCGCAGGGUUUGAAUAUUUAAUCGUCUUGUCCCUUGCAGCCCUCCUACGGCCCAUGUGCUUGGGUUACACGGCUGUACAUUUUCAUCACGGACAUGUUGGACCAGAUGAGAAAAAAAAGCUGCUCAUUUUGAACCCAGAAACACGGGACGGCUAAGCGAGAGUGAUCAUGUAGGCUGCUCAAGGCUAAUGGUCCAGCUGGGUUGGCCGGGAUCUUAAAAUGUCAUCACUUAUCUCAGCUGUGAUCCAUUUUUAAUGCAUUUCUGCUCAUAUUUAAUGUGUCAUUUAUGUUCUGUUAUUCCUCCAGUGAUCAGCAGGGUGCUGCUAAGUAGCUGGGGGGGCGGAGGAAGGAUGUCUGGGUGUUUUUGUGUGAGUGUGUGAGAGUGUGUGUGUGAGCCGAGAAGUGUCUCUCUCUGCUUCAUGUUGGGUUUUUUUUUUUUUUUUCAUGGCCAGCCAAGUUGGCAUGGCAACUAAAGGAAACCAUGUGUAUGCGAUUAAUUAAGACUAUGUAUUAUUUAUUAUCGGGACUUAAAGAGUCCCAUUACUGUAUUUUUAAAUGUUAUUUUUCAUGAAUCACUGGAUAAAAAAUGUGCUUUGGCAUCCAGUAAGUGGACCAUCAUAUGUUCAGCACACCACUUCAGGCAACAGUGAUGGAACAAGGCAUGUGGCAACAGUAUAAAAUAUUCAUUCUAUUCAUGUUUUACAUAAUGCAAAGCUACAAAGACCACUUCUGAAAACCGCACAUCGAAACAAGUGUAGUCGCUUUAAAAUUAAUCUUUCAUUCUGCAGUGCUAAAGUGCUCAACCACACGAUGCUUUUGUGGUUGGAGUCUGUCGCGCUGUAGCUUACAAUAAUGAAAAACACACAAACCGCUGCCGCUCCGGCAGGAAUAGAAAGUGGAGCAGGUGGAAAGCCGACCUGAGCGGAGGAUGCAGAGUUUUAAGACACAGCUGUGAAUAUCUGAAUUCAAAGUGUGCUUAUCUGAACUUACCGGGGAACCUCAGCUUUGAAAGCAUGAGAUGCACAGUAGUUUUUAUUUAUUUAAAGAUGUUUGUGUUCAGAUAUGUGUAAUAAUUUUUCAAGGCACAUACACUGUAAAAGCUACAUGCUUUGGCUCAGCUCACUUUAAAGGACAAGGCGGCUUUUUUUUGUAUGUUUCUCUUACCGUCUACAAAUCCCAUGAUAAGACAAAAACCAGCAUGUGGAAGUCAUUCUGUCAGUCCAGCUCUUACUGCUGACGUCUUGUCUCUAAUGCAAAGUUUCAUUUUUUAACCAUAGUUUUCAGCAGAUGUUACUGAAACAUAAGUUAACAGCGAGUUUGUUGGGAACUAUUUCCAGCUGUGGACGAAUACACAUUUGGAGCUUUAGUGAGUAUUUAUGGCAGCAAGGCAUCGUAUGUGGGAUCACCUCAAAAUAGGUUAUAAAGCCUGUGUUCAUUGUAAUGAAAGAACAUGUUGCUCUGUGCAACAUUGUAGCUCAUUUAUGUGUUUUUAGUUAUUGUGGGUGGAGCUCUGGCACAGAGGAAUAAACUAUCAGGCUUUGGCUACACAGACAGUACUUGUCAGUAUGAUCAGUUCAUCGCAGUGGUUGGUCUUUUCAUGGGAUUUUCUGACAGCAAGAAAAAUAUAGAAUAUUGUCAGACUCACCCUUUAAAUCAGUUUGCUGCUGAUACUGAUCCUCAGUUGUAUUUCAGUUCAUCUGAAUUCAGUUGCUACAUCUGUGAAUGAUUUCAGCAUUGAAUGAAAUUCCCUGAAUUUCUUCAACGAUAUGUGAAUCUGCUGUAAAAUAACAAGAAAACACUGUGUUGUUAUGAUGAGAUGUUAUGAAAUUGAUAACCGUAUGAACAAAUACAAUGUAUAGUGACUAUUCCAAAACAUUUUUCAAUCAGCUUAUUUUUUUUAACUGCUUCUUUCCACAAUAACAGGGUUUAUUUGUUUUUAUAACAAAAUGUCCUAUUUUAGUGCUUUUAUUUCAAAACCACUUUCCCCCAGUGACAGUUUUAUUUCAUAACACCACCACAGACUUUUUUUAUUUGUUUGUUUUGUAAUGUUUCUUUUUGUUUUGUGAUUGGCUGUUGCUAGAGUCUGAUUCACACUUUGGAAAAAGGGACAUUUUGGAAUAAGAACUGUUGGACUGAAAUAAAAAUGACCACAAAUAAAGUCUGUUAAUGUGAGAAGAAGCAGGGUGAAAUAACAAUCAUUUGUAAUAUUGCGUUGAGUUUUAAAUAUUCAUUAGGUGGUUUUACAAUUCAUGAGAUUUGUCUGUGUAUUCUUUUUUUCAGAAUAAUUUUACAAUGUCUUAUUUAUUUUGAAGACUUUGGGUCUCUGGAAGCAGUGGCACAAUGAUUAACAACCUUUAACCUGAUGUUUACUGAACAAAGCCUGAGAUAUUAUGAGGUACUGUCAUUAAGCGCAAAGAAAUAAACUGAUGCUCAAAUGCACUCUUGCAGUAGGUCAAAAUAGGUACAGUGUUUGCAAAUGCUUCUCCUCCUGUGUCUGUGUCUGACUGGGAGAAAAUAUGUCUUUAUUUCCUCUCGACUGUUCAUUUAUGGUCCAUUUCUCCCUGGCUGUGAGUCGCUCUAAGUGCUCUUUUGAUUGUGCGAGUUGUUCGCCCGGCUGUUCUGCUUCUUGUGAGAGAGUUUCAGUAAUGGUCACGCUGUCAUGUCUAAGAGUCGGCUAUUCUUCUUUGAAAAUGCCAGGAGGGGCUGUGAAAACAGUAUGCUAAAAUCUGAAAUCUCAUCAUCCCUCACAUCAGUUGCCCCUUCUUCUCUUUCAGAGUGAUACUGCAAAGCUGUUUUAUAUUUAUGUUUUUCUAGAAAAUGUAACUUGGCUUCUUUCUUGUGGUGUUGGAGCCUUUUUUUUUUUUUUUUGAGGGGGGGGUCCUCUGCUGAGCCUUUAUUUUUUGGGGUAGUGAAAAAACAGUUCAUCAUCAUGGGGUGAAAAUGAUGUACUUGAUAAUUCUAUAACUGCAUUUUCUUUAAUCUGCUCACCAUUUAUUUCUAUCCUCUGUUUAUGAACUUAUCUGUGAACUGAGAAGAAUGAGAAGAAUGAGACUUCUUCUUUUCAUUUCUGUAAUUCAGUGGAAGAGUUUGGGUGUGUGAUGGGGCUCAGAACAAAUGGCUAGCGACAAUCAGAGCUAGGGGCCACAAAGCUUUGUAAUGACGGGUGGUGAACGUGACGAAUAAAGUUUGAAUGAUUUCAA